AUGGUACGUUUGGUACAUGGAAAGGUGGAAGGGAAAAAGCCCCUGCUGCGUUCUGUAGGAAAGCCCUUACUUCAACUGAUAAAUUCGAGAUGUGUACUGAGAUUGACCAAAUCUGACUUCAGAGAGCCUGUAAAUAUUGGAAGUGAUGAGAUGGUCAGCAUGAAUGAGAUGGCGGAUAUUGUUCUGAGCUUCGAGAACAAGAAUCUCCCCAUCCAUCACAUUCCAGGACCAGAGGGCGUGCGUGGUCGCAACUCAGACAACACUCUAAUUAAGGAAAAGCUCGGCUGGGCACCUUCUAUGAGGCUGAAGGAUGGGCUGAAAUUCACAUAUUUCUGGAUCAAGGACCAAAUUGAGAAAGAGAAAGCUCAAGGCGCUGAUGUUACUCUCUAUGGGUCCUCAAAAGUCGUGGGAACGCAAGCAACAGUUCAACUUGGUUCUCUGCGUGCUGCUGAUGGGAAAGAGUGA